UUCACUGGUCUCCCACCGAAACAGCUAUUGACUCUCUCAGUUGACACCCCAGAUGCUUGGAUGGUUGAAAACGUUUUUGCUGAGUAUGACCUUGACAACAUAAAAAUGGAACAAAGCUCUUCUAACAUCGUUGCGCUCUUCUCACUGGAGUAUAUACUGCUCGAAGGCCACUGUUUUGAUGAAGCGUCAGGAUCGCCUCCGCGUGGUUUACAGUUUGUCCUUGGAACUUCUCUCAAGCCCACACAAUUCGAUACCGUUGUUAUGGCGAAUCUGGGCUAUUUUCAGUUGAAGGUAAGUUGA